AUGAACGAGAAUGAAAGACAGAAAUAUGAGGAGCAAUCCAAGCAAUUGCGCGCUGAUUUGAAGCGAUUCGAAGUGGACUGGGCAAGUCGCAAUGGCGGCACCAAGCCACGUCGCGAGGACAUCAAGCAGAACCCAGAUAUAGCUCAGAAGUACAAGAAGUAUAAUCAAGUUCGAGAUAUCCUCGCCGGAAAGAUCCAACCUCCAAAAGAAUCAACAUCAUCUCGGAAGCGCGUGCCAGAAGAAAGUUUUGCCGAGACACCUUCAAAACGGUCAAAGCCCGUCGAGACACCCUCUCACCUACGCGAACGAAUCAUAGACCCAGAGUUAUUCGCCACGCCAUCUACUACGCGAAAGCUAUUUAGUCCAGCUGUACCCACUUCAAUUGGGCCUACUCCGCAUAGAGAUGGACGAAUAUUAGGUUUAUUUGAUCUAAUGGAUGAAAAUGAGGAGAAUACGCCGUCAAAAGGCCCGCCCAGCCGAUCUUUACAAGAUGGCAAGAUACAUGCUACCCCUAGCAAGAGAACUGGUCAGGCGGAGAACGACAAUACAGCACAACUAGGCCGAACUCCGGUAUCUUCAAGUAAGCGUGGCGUGCUCUUUAAGACUCCCUCGAAGCGACAAGGAGACAAUACCGCUCUAGGUAGAACGCCGACUUCGGUUAGCAAGUUGCAACUGUCUACCCCAUCCUUUCUCAGAAGGGUUCCUUUGGCGACAGUUGAUGAGAAUGGCGAUUAUAUAUCCCCUGCACCCCUGCGUCUACCACGCAAGCCACUCGGUCGCAGUCUAAGCAGCGUAGUAGCCAGUCUACGGAAGCUGGAGGAAGAGGCCCUUGAUGAUGACCUUGAAGCCCUGCAUGAUAUGGAAAACGAUGCGGAUCCUUCAAUCGCCCCGAAACCUGCGAAACCCGCUAAACCCGCCAUGCCAAGCGACACUAUUCUUGAGCCUGACAGUCAAGGACAACUUCUUGGUGGAUUUGAUGACGAGGGUCUCUACGACAGCCCAACAGAAGACAACGUGGGUCGUGAUGGGCGGCCGCUGAGGAUCUAUAAGAAAAAGGGACAGAAACGUACUACGAAACGGGUGAAUAUGAAGCCAACCCGGACCAAGAGACCCCAGAAAUCUACGGGAGAACACCCUGAUUCUGAUUCCGAGGUUGUCGUACCCGAGACACAGGUCAACGCUACGAAGGCUGAUCAUGAACAACCACUGGAUUUGGGAUCUGACUCAGAAUUCGAUCCUGUAGAAGAAGGCGAGGAGGAUGUGGAGCCUAAGCAGAAGAGUAAGGCUGGAAAGACCAAGAAGGUGGACAAAAAGGCAGACAAGGAGGAGGGCCCGGUACGAAAGGCGACCAGGAAGGUUAAUGAGCUAGCACACGCGAACUUCAAGAGGUUGAAGUUGAGGAACUAUGGAGCAAAGGGACCGGUGGCCGGAAGUAGAUUCCGACGCCGCAGAUGA